UGGUUGUGGUCUCCUUUAGAGAAUUUAAAAUGGCCUUCAUGCUCAGACAAACCGUCAGAAGCCUCCCGACGGCAUCCGUAUUCACUGCCAGAUCUCUCAGCUGUUCAUCGCACCUCCAGUCACCAGCUGUCCAGACCAAAAGCAAGAAGACCUUGGCCAAACCUGGUGUGAAGAAUGUGGUGGUUGUUGAAGGUGUCCGAACCCCAUUUCUUCUUUCAGGAACCACAUACUCAGAUUUGAUGCCUCAUGACUUGGCCAGAACAGCAUUGCAAGGUUUGUUAAACCGUACAAAUAUUCCCCGUGAGCUUGUGGAUUAUAUUGUGUAUGGAACAGUUAUUCAAGAAGUCAAAACCAGCAAUGUGGCUCGUGAGGCUGCCCUUGGUGCUGGCUUCUCAGAUAGAACUCCAGCGCAUACUGUCACCAUGGCGUGUAUCUCUUCUAACCAGGCAAUGACUACAGCGGUUGGUCUGAUUGCGUCAGGACAGUGUGACAUAGUGGUGGCAGGCGGGGUGGAAUUUAUGUCUGAUGUCCCCAUUCGUCACAGCAGGAAGAUGAGGAAGGCGAUGUUGAGUCUCAACAAAGCUAAAACAUUAGGACAGAGACUUUCUUUGAUUUCACGAAUCCGCCCAAACUUCUUUACACCUGAGCUCCCGGCAGUUGCUGAGUUCUCCACCAGUGAGACGAUGGGUCACUCGGCUGACCGACUCGCUGCUGCGUUCUCUGUCUCUCGUGUGGAACAAGAUGAAUACGCUCUGCGCUCUCACACACUCGCUAAGAAAGCACAGGACGCCGGUUUUCUCUCUGACGUCAUCUCCUACAAAGUGCCAGGUAAAGAGACGGUCGAUAAAGAUAAUGGGAUCCGGCCUUCAUCAAUGGAACAGAUGGCAAAACUCAAGCCGGCUUUUAUCAAACCCUUCGGCACAGUCACCGCUGCCAACUCUUCUUUCCUGACAGAUGGGGCCUCCGCUGUUUUAAUAAUGUCUGAAGAGAAGGCUCUUGCACUGGGUUACAAGCCAAAAGCUUAUUUACGGGACUUUGUGUUUGUCUCUCAGGACCCGAAGGAUCAGCUUCUGCUCGGCCCGACCUACGCUACACCUAAGGUUCUGGAGAAGGCGGGCCUGACUCUUGCAGACAUCGAUGCGUUUGAGUUUCAUGAGGCUUUUUCUGGGCAGAUUCUGGCUAACCUGAAAGCUAUGGACUCUGACUGGUUUGCUGAGAACUAUAUGGGACGGAAAACAAAGGUUGGAGCUCCUCCUCUUGAUAAGUUUAAUAAAUGGGGGGGCUCACUGUCACUGGGACAUCCUUUUGGGGCCACUGGCUGCCGUCUUGUCAUGGCUGCUGCUCACAGGCUGAAGCAAGAGGGAGGACAGUAUGGCCUUGUGGCUGCUUGUGCAGCAGGAGGGCAGGGACACGGGAUGAUUGUGGAACUUUACCCUCAGUAACAAGUGUCUAAACAAAUGAAUUGGACCGGAUGUUCUGCCAGAGCAAUGCACUAUUAAACUACCAGUAUCUGCUGCAAGGGAAAUCUUCCAUCCCUGUAAAUAAGUUUUAGUUGCCUUGUAAUGAGUAAGGUACCGGAGCACCUAGGAAGCGGCUGGUUAUAUCAUUCUAACCAAAGGCUACUCACAUUGCUAUGCAGGAGAUGCACCUUUUAUAUCUUGUGUGAACUAUUCAUGAAUGUUGCUUACAAAAACCUGCUGCUCACACCUGUGGAAGGCAUUUGUACUAAAUGUUAUAGGAACAGCUGAUUGUGGGCCUGUCAGUAAAUGAUGAGGUUACAAUAACCCGAGCCUUAAUAAACUAAAUAAUUCAG